CGAUAGAAAUUCGCUUUUACCGGCGAAUAUCGGCGAGAGCGGCUGACUCUCGUGGCUGUCGAAUUUUUUAUCCGACGUAGAAGGGCUCGGCGAAGAAGGAGAAACCGUGCGUUACCUUGUCUCGUGCAUCAAACUGCGUAACGCGGAAAGUGUCCCCCGAACUGGGACAGAACCCCACCCGCGAUCCCGCAUCGAUAUCCCGAUGGCCUCCGGUCUCUCUCCCCCUUUUUUCGCCUCUCCUCGGCUCGUUCUCUCGGUGCCUUCCCUUUCGAUCUUUGGUCCUCGCUACCAUCCGGCCGAGACCGGCGAGGUUUACUUGUAAGAGAGCACUCGUCCUCCGAAACUUCAGUGCAAAACGCGCGCUUGAACUCGAAGGAUCCUCCGUUUGAUAAAGAAGAGAAAGAGAGGAAGGGAGUGAGAAGAAAAGAGCGAGAAAGAGAGAGAAGAGCCUUGUCGAUUUGUACGGGAUAUCUCGAUGCGACGUUUAAUGGUUCAAGGGUGAUCCCCUGUGCGUCUGUCCGACUGUGAUCCAUCGCGAUUUCGGUGUUUUCGAUCCGGAGAUCUUGAAGAAAAUGUGGGGUCGCGAGGUUCUUUUAGUAUCGUUCGCGCUCAUAGCGCUUGGAACUACGACGAAAUGCCCGAAGAGGAGAAUGUCGCCGGUCAGAGAAAUUCUCUGCUACACAUCCGCCUUGGAUGCGCAACAGCUAGCCGAUUCCAUAUGCAGCUGCACCACUCUGGUGCAUCAACAUCACGACGUGCGGAAUCUCUCGGUUUCCCGCGUCGUCGAUUUGCGAAAGUCCUUGAAAGAGAUGCAUCCGUCUCUUCAAUUUGUAAUUUCUAUAUACGACCCCGCGAUGAUGCUCAGAAAUUCCGCCAUGGUUCGGCAGGAAGCUGUCGCUCGGAUUAUCGCCGUUAUAAAAGAGGUGGAUGGCGUGGAAAUGAAUGUGACAGCGGGUUCCAAAGAGCGUCUUUAUAAUUUCGUCAAAAGUCUGAGAGAUGAAAUGAUACGAAAAUCUUACGACAGGAGGAUCUUCCUGGCUUUGCCUAGUAAACCGGAGGAUCUGGCCAAGCAGUUUGAUAUGAAAGAACUCGCAAAAUAUAUCGAUCUAUUUACCCUUUCGACGGACUACAUGACAGACGAGGAUGAAGCCUUCGUCACCUUUCAUCCCUCGCGUCUGAUAGGGCUCUUCGACAUGCUAAACACAGACAGCUUGGUGGACUUGAUAAGCGGAUUAGGUGCACCCAAGGAGAAGAUUAUGACGACUUUGCCGGCCAGUGCAUACAGAUUCGCUUUGAAGCACGAGACUGAAAACGCUCCUAGGUCGCAAACUACGGAAAAAGAGCCCACACCGAUCGAUCGUAAACAGCUUUGCGAAGCCAUAAAUGACGGGGAAUGGACCGUGGAACGAGAUGAAGAUCUCACGGCACCGUAUGCAUUUCAAAACAAAACGUGGAUCGCCUUCGAGGAUAAGAUCUCGGUUGGAAUAAAGGGGAAAUACGCGUUGCUACGGGAUUUGGCGGGAUUGGCGGUGCGAAAUAUAGAAAACGAUAUAAAAACCGAGUGCGAGAUGCCACUCACGGAAGAAAUAUAUCGUUCCUUCACAGAAUUUAAAAGAAAAACGAGGCAAGCCGUGCUGAACGCGCUGGAAGACGAGCUUCAUCAAACUCAAUUCUCGUAUCCCAAUCGAGCAAAAACGUCCAGCUUCCGCGUCGUUCGCGUAGUGGAUACGGAGGGACAUAUCAAAGCCGUGCGCGAGAACACGCAAACCGAGUUUGUCUGUCGAAGACAAGGCUACUUUGUUCAUCCUAAGAGUUGCAACAGAUUCUAUCGCUGCGUGAAAUUCAAUCAACAGAUAGAUGACUAUUCCGUCUUUGAAUUCGAUUGUCCGGCUGGUCUGUCGUUCGACGAGCGCACCGAGGUCUGCGUCUGGCCGGGUUCCUUGCCCCAGGGCUCGCCGUGUCCCGGAAGCAGCGAGAUCGCUCCCGUUGCCCCGAAGAGAUUCGAGUGCUCUCAACCCGGCUACUAUGCAGAUCCGCAAAAUUGUCGUUGGUUCUUCGCUUGCAUGGACUUGGGCGAAUCGGAGUUAAUGGCGUUCGAGUUUCGCUGUCCGUAUGGCUUGGUGUUUGACGAGAAGAGAUUAGUAUGCGAGUGGCCCUGGCUGGUUCCGGCUUGCUCGGAAUCUGGAUCGGCUUAUACCAGGACGGAAUAUAAUUACGGAGGAUACACCGUAGCGGGAAGUUCUACGGGAGGCGCUGCGGGAGGUGGUUACAUUACCGGUGGUUUACCGGAAUACUCCGUCACGGCCGGUCACUCUAACGUAGGCUAUUCUGAAUCGACCGGCACUGGUGUCCAUGGAGCAAAUUACUUUACAGGAUCCACCGCGGGAUACCUCGGUAAACAUACUUCCGGUGUUGAUACGGCUUCUGGAUACGCAGGAUCGUCUGCGGGUCCAAUCGCUAUCGAUUAUUCGAAACCAAGCGGGUACGGAGGCACGGUAUCCUCUAUCCCGACGUAUACCGGACCGUCCGGUAUACACGUCGGUUCGAUAUCUUCUGCGGAGGAAAGUAGCGCAGGAUAUUCUGCGUCGAGUGGUAAAACUAGCAAUAUCGGAUAUACUGUAUCCACCGGACACAGAGCCGGUAGCGGAUAUUCUGGUGGAUAUACUGGGCCAUCGGGAGGGAUUACUACAGGUUUUUCCGGAUCUACCGCGGGGGGAUAUUCCGGAACCGCUGGUGGAAGUCGUUUGACAGGAGGAGAUGUAACUUAUUCGGGCAGGCCUGGAUCAAGCUACUCUGUAGCGGGCGGGUAUACAGGAGGCGUUGAUGCGAGUAUUAAUCCGAUAGUAGGUACAGCGACUUAUCCGAAAACACCGGGCUAUUUCGCGUCCACAGAAUUGCCAGGAUCAUCUGUCGAUAUUGGACGCGUGGAUUCCGCCGGUUCUAAAUUUGUCGGCUCGACGAAUCUACAGACAGGCUUCGGUGCGUUUAAUGCGGAUGGUCACUCGGCUUCUACCGGUAUUUAUUCAGGAGCUACUGAACGUCAGCCGUCAUUCGAUAAAACCGGCUCAUCAUUUGGAAUUGGAUUGUCUUAUCCUGGAGCUACCGGCGAAUCAACUACACAGAUAUAUCAAGGAUCGAUCGGUGCAGGAUAUUCCAAAGCUACGAGCGGGAUUUUGCAAGGUUCGACGAGUUCAGGUCGAGUCUCGGCAACUGGUUUCGGUAGCGACGCCUCGAAAUCCGUCUCCGGGCAUACUGAUGUUACGAUUGCUGACAGUGGACACUUUGUAAGCGGUAGUGUCGGUAGUGUCGGUAGUGUACCAUCUUCUGGAGUGGCAGGCGCUUCCUCGGCAGGAGUAGGAUACAACAACGAGGAAGGAUAUACAGUUCCUGUAUUUCUAGUACAUGGAGAACCGAUCUAUCCCUUGCCUGGAACAACAGAAGCCGGAACGAGAGACCAUACCGGAACGCCAGGCAUAAUAAGAGGUUACGGAAAACCCGGUUUAACAAGACCUCAUUUAAAUAUUAGUAUAUUCGGCAAUGAAAUUUCCACCGGCUACGAUGUUCAAAAAGGUGCUACUGGUACGAUCGUGACUGGAAGCGGCGUACAAGGAAGUAUUCAUACCGAUGAUUCUAUUUCGGGGACUGUCUUCACUCAUGGAAACGUUCCUGGUGCGAUAUCGUCUCCUGCCAUUAAUCAAGGCGCUGUUUUAACAGGAGGAGUACAACCUGGAUAUAUCGCUUCCGAAAAAGCAGAACCGGGAUACGUGAUUAGAGAUGGGUUGAAAACUGUAGACGUCGGAUCAGCUAGUCCAGGAACUUUAAUAUACGGCUCGCAAACUCCUGCAAUUUCCGGUCCUUCGACGUCCAGCGUUAUUUUGAAAAGUGACAUUAUCCCGGGUAUUGUUAUUUCUGGACAUACCGCUCCUGGAGUAUCUAUAGGAAGUUCCGUUCAAUCAGGAAGCAUCGACAGUUCAACCGGUAAAUCGUACGUGUCGCAAGCAGGAACAACUUAUCAUGGUGUCAGCGGUGCCGCAACAAGAGGAUGUUUGAGCAGCUCUUCGACGGUUCUUGGACGGCCAACGCAUCCUCAGGACUACCAAACUGAUGUCGGAUGCGGCAUCGGUGCGAUCAACACCGCUUACGAUACCGGCAAAUACUCGGAAAGCGACGUGCCGGAUUAUAGACCGACCAGCGCCACUCUUCCCGACUCUAUUGUAUCUGGAGGUAGAAUAGAAGGUACCGGCGGUGUUAUUUUUGGUUCUACUUUACAAGGUUCGACUACAGCCGCGCCAGGAUAUUCAUUGCCUACAGCGGCCGUCUUCACACCGAGUGGAUUCACGAAAACUGGCUUAACCAGAACAGGUAUAACCACCGCCGUUCUCGGAGGUGGUGGUAGCUACUCAGUAAGCACAAGCGAACGCCGGCCUGCCUGGAAUCCAGAAAAUAUCAGUGAGAAAGCAUUCGAGGGGAACGUGGCCGGAUAUACGAAGACAUCGUCUAGUAGCAACGCCGCUGACUUGUCUGUUACCUUGACUCCACCUGGCUAUUCUUCGACAACUCCGCCAAGUCGUGUCAUUGUACAGUCGACUCCUUCCAGCUACUCGUAUCCUAAGCCAAGCAUUCAGCUCGGAACAAACGGCGUAACGUUCGUCUCAUCGACAAUUUCACCGAUUGAGAAUAAUUUACCAAUUACGUCGUCCAAGCCGUUCUCGAUUAAUGUAUAUGACGGAUCGUUGGGCAGCACUGGUGUAGCGUUCGGAUCUAAGAUACCAACCGCGCCCGAUCGUCGCUUAUCAACACCGACGAUCUCGUCUGUAGUUUACACUACCGAACGUCCAGAAAUUUAUAAAACGACUUUCUUUGAAGCGGCUAAGAUUCCAGUAGCUGUGUCAACUGUCAGACCUGUUACCGGUUACAAGACGGUAACUGUCCCUCCAAAUAUCCCUGUCUUAACCGAUGACAGGUUAAUCCAACAGACCGGUAAUUCGCAGACUGCAUCAGUAUCAACAUCUGGCAUCGGUUUAGGAGCAUCUUUCCAACAGACUGAUUUCAGCGGCAAGAAGGAUCAUGAUUCUUCUUUAAUUUCCGUAUAUCUUCCAGCAAAGUCGACUAAGCCCGGUGUAAUCACGUCUACUACAAGAUACGAUAUACCUGCGGUAACUGUGCGUCCAGAUCUCGUCGGGGUAACGUACAAAAAACCUUCAUCGUUUACGUAUGAAGGUCCUUCUUCGAUCACGUCGCCUACUACCUUCAGACCUUCCAACAUAUAUUACAACGGUCAAGGAUUUUCGACGGCAUCUUCCGCAGGAACAACUUCUAGCAACGGCUCUCCGACAAAUCUAGGUAUUUCGAGAGAAAAGAUCGACAAAUUAAUUACAAACUACGAUAGAGGCAGCGUGAGGUAUAUGCCAAACGUAUACGAUACCACCGCGAGCUUAGGAUUCGGUUCGACCAUCAGUAAACUCUCCUCCGAAAAGUCAAGAUUCUCCGUGACCGGCAGUACCGUCGCCAUCACGACGCCGUCCGGUUCGACGACAUCCUCGUACGAAGUUACCACGAAGUCCCCCGAAGACAAGGGCAAGGUCAUCGUGAAGUGGAGCGAUCUACAUCCGCUUCUUCUAGGCAAGCUCGGAGCGGAGUGUACAUGCAAAUCCGAUCCCUUCGCCACUCUUCGCGGCCCGGUGAGGAAACUGAUCGCCUCUUCCAAGGGCAAGGUGGAUCUCGGCAACUACGACGAAUCCGAGAUCUACGUCGAUCUCGAGAACAACGGUUCCUCCGAAGAAGACAGCACCGAUUACGGCGAUUAUCCGGCGCAACCCUAUAAAAUUAGCCCGCACGAAACGACGAGGGACCACCCGCCGUCGUCCUCUUACUUACCCGUGCCUUCGACGACGGUCAGGACGAGCAAUUUCGGUCCGGCGGUAGGUUUUCAUACAGAAUCAUCCGCAGGUGAUGCACCUUUCGGGGUCCACCUUUUAGGUUUUCGAACCGGCAGGAAAUUGAAGGAUGAUGUCGGUCCAUCGCCGAACUCGAUCGCUCGCGAUGUAGAGGAAGAUCCUGAUCAAAUAAUCGACGGCGCCACCGAUUGCGCCAGGCCGGGUCUCUUCAGACAUCCUAGUCUUUGCAAUAAAUUCUACGCCUGCCAUUGGGAUCAGUGGAAGAAGAAAUUCACGCUUCACAUCUUCAAUUGUCCGAUCCACUUGACGUUCGAUUCGAGAGCGAGCGCGUGCAAUUGGCCGAGUAAGGGUCCAGCUUGCCAAGCCGACAAUCUAUUAGUAUAAAUUCGUCAUUAGGCGUUUAUAUCUUGUCGUCUUCUUUAUGUCUUCACGGUAUCUUUCUCUUUUGUACAUAUAACAAAUAGAGGCGAAAGUUUAAUUGUGUAAAAACGUUAAAAUCAUUUCUCAAAUCGUUCGUGUUAAUCCAAUUUGAAAGAUUGAUUCGACCAUUACACAAACAAUAAGAUAUUGCGAGUGCAGAGAUAUAUUAUUAAAUAUAAAACGACUUACUUU